CGUUUCUAGAACGCUAUAUCGCCACUCCGCAGUCAUCCUCCGUAGGGAGCGGGCGUCCACGUCCCCGGUAUUAACGUUCAUGGAUAAUGCGUGCGCGUAAUAAUAAAAAUUGACUCUUAGAUACGUUACGUUAUUACGAACACUGUGACUGUGUUGAAAAUACGUGUUUCCGUUUAAGAUUGAUUUUCAUGUGGAUUAUGAAUUUGUAACUCUAAGACAUUUUUUUGGUUUUUGAGUUGAAAUAAAGAGACCGAUCGUUAUAAAUGAUGGGAGUUAAUAGCUGUAUGAGUGUUAGGCAAGCAAGGGGGCCUUGUCAUUGCCCGGCGUGUCCUAGGGCCUCGGGCCAUAUGGCCCAGGUCCCCCCACCAACCCUGGUGUUACCACCAAUGGCUUUAGAACCGGAAACUACACCAGUAAAGGACAAGAAAGGGUCUAAGAUGAAAGUUUUGAAGAAAAUUAAGAAAAAGAUUGGAUUGGCCCCCCGAUCCUCAUGCACGGGCAGCACCCCGAACAACCUUCCGCCUCUCAGCUUCCACUCUGUGCACGGUGACAAUGUAAGGAUCUCAAGAGACGGCAGCACUGCAAGACGGGUUGAGUCCUUCUGCAAGGGUGUAGCGUUCAGCAGUAGACCUGUACGGGUUAACGAGAAGGUCUGCGUCCGUUUCGUCGAGAUAUCAAACAGCUGGAGUGGCGUGAUUCGCUUCGGGUUCACCAACCACGACCCCUCCACCCUUGUUCAUUCCCUCCCCAAAUAUGCCUGUCCAGAUCUUACCAACAAACCUGGAAACUGGGCCAAAGCUCUGAGUGAAAGAUUCUGCGAAAAAGACAACAUCUUAUACUACUACGUAAAUUCUGCUGGAGAUGUGCACUUCGGGAUUAACGGAGAAGACAAGGGUCUGUUUUUCUCUGGAGUCGAUGUAAGAAAUCCCCUCUGGGCUUUGAUAGAUGUCUACGGCAAUUGCACUGCUCUGCAAUUUGCUGACCCGAGAGCUCCAAACCAAAUCAGGAGGUCAAAUCCAAGUCUAGAGGAAGAAAGAAUUGUUUCCGGAAUGAGAUCUCUCUCAGUCGACGAAGCUUUACCUACUCCGAGAUAUCAGAAUCCGUUAGUACCUCUCAGUCUGCACAGAACUAAAGGGAGAAACGUUCAAUUCGUCAGCGACAGAGGUGUUGCUGCUAGAGCAGAAUCAGAAUUCUGUCAAGGAUAUGUCUUUACUGCCAGACCUAUGCGUCCGGGACAAACAAUUGUCGUCCAGAUCCUUUGCACCGAAGUAGCGUAUGCAGGAAGUCUGGCUAUCGGUCUGACAAGCUGCGAUCCUGGUACUUUGCGUCCAUGUGAUCUACCGGAUGAUGCGGAACAACUCCUCGACCGUCCUGAAUACUGGGUUGUACGGAGAGAUGCGGCGAAUGGUCUCCGCAGAGGCGAUGAGCUUGCAGUCACUCUGACCAUGGAUGGAGAAGUCAGGGUCAGCAGAAACGGAUCGAACCCUAUAACAGUGAUGCAUGUGGACCAUACUUUGCGACUUUGGGCGUUUGUGGAUAUAUACGGUGCGACCCAAAAAGUCAGAAUGUUAACCAAUCAAUUGCCGGCUCAAUCGCCACAGCAGUUGAGAGUAAUGCAAGCUCCCAUUGCAGCCAGUGCUGGUGGUACAGUUCUCGUUGUCAGUCUCCCACCUCAGAAUAACAAUGUCAACGUCAAUCAGCAAGGACUUACUUUGGCCAGCGCACAUUAUAUUGAGCCAAUCCAAACAUCGUCCCAGCUCUGUCUCACCGGUCUACCGCCGCAGAACUGCCAACCAUAUCGUCGCACUGAAUGCAGCAACCAGAACAGCGUCAACGAGGCUUUACCAUGCAAUAAAGCACAAAGUUGCAACAAUAUCCCACCAAUCUGCAACGCUGUUGCACCAAGUUGCAAUAGCGUAGUACCAAGUUGCAAUAACGUGGUACCAAGUUGCACCAAUCAAAUUAAUGGUGAUAUCCGUGACAGGUUAGGACCGGUACGCCCGCAUGCAAGUCGCAACAUGCCGUCUACGUCUCAAAAUAUUUACCCAAUCGGAGAAGGUUUGGCGGCCACGGAGUGUUCAAUCUGUUAUGAAAACCCUAUAGAUAGCGUCCUGUACGCGUGUGGCCAUAUGUGUAUGUGUCACAGAUGUGCAGCACAACUGCGGAGGGGCAAGAGGGGUGGCCAAUGCCCUCUGUGUAGAGCACAAAUCAAAGACGUCAUUCGUAUUUAUAGAUAACUUUUGAUAAUUUCUGCGACGAUUUUGAUAAUUUUUGUACCGAGCUCGCAAGGGCUACAACAUACUGUAUUUACUUUUACUAUCAAAAUGUUAUAUCUAUCAUAGAUCUUGACAUACUACAAUAUACUACUAAAUAAAAAAAAUAAAAAAAACCGACCUCAAAAGUUUGUGGA